CUAAAAGUAUAGAUUGCGUUAAAAUACCGGUGAUCUUUAAAAACUUAAUUAUUUAGUGUUUAACACAAUGAUUUCAAUUGGUACUAUUAAUUAUCCACAAGAUGAGAUUGAAUAUUUCAAUAAGGAAAUGAAGUUGCGCAUUAAUACUGGCGAAUUUGAGCGAGGAGAGCUAAUUAUCACCAAAACUGAACUAGCAUGGAAGAAAGAUAACGCUGAUUCACAAGGGUUUUCAAUUCCUUGGGAUAAAAUUGUGGUUCAAGCUAUUAGUUCCGAAAAUACACGUUCCAUAUAUUUCAUGAUUGAUUGUUUAUGGCCAAAUAGUGAGUCUUCUGAAGCUAAUGGGGCUGUCGACAAUGGAGAUCAUCAUGAAAACGAGGAAAAUGGCGAGAAUGAUGAUGACAACGAGGAAUUUAUAGAUUGUGAUGAGGAUUCACCAAUAACUGAAUUUUGGAUGCUUCCUGAUAAUCUCGAUGAUGUGGAUAACAUAUAUUAUGCCAUGACCCGAUAUCCAGAACGUCCUGAAGCGGAAGAAUCUGAUGACGAUGAAAAUUUUUUGGAUGGUGAAGAUAUGGAGCAAAUGAACAUUAAUGAUGAGCGAUUUGCAGAUGAUUAAGAGUCAAAAUACGUGAUUUAAUUACUAAAAUAAUUUUCCUUUGUUCAAGCCGUUCUAAAACUUAAUUUUAAUAAAUUUAUUUUCGUAAGAAAUUU